AUGAAGGCUCUCCUUAUCCUGGGGUUUCUCUUCCUUUCGGUCUCUGUUCAGGGCAAGGUCUAUGAAAGAUGCGAGUUGGCCAGAACUAUGAAACGGCUUGGAAUGGAUGGCUACAGGGGGAUUAGCUUGGCGAACUGGAUGUGUUUGGCCAAAUGGGAGAGUGGUUACAACACCCGAGCUACCAACUACAAUGCUGGAGACAGAAGCACCGAUUAUGGAAUUUUUCAGAUCAAUAGCCGUUACUGGUGUAAUGAUGGCAAAACUCCAAGAGCAGUCAAUGCGUGUGGCAUAUCUUGCAGCGUUUUACUGCGAGAUGAUAUCACUCAAGCUGUGACAUGUGCGAAGAGAGUUGUCAGGGAUCCACAAGGCAUUAGAGCAUGGGUGGCAUGGAGAAACCGUUGUCAGAACAGAGAUGUUUCUCAAUACACUCGAGGUUGCGGAGUUUAA